AUGGUGGAUAGACAAGAAGGGCCCAGCGAGGGCCCCGUGUGGUACCUGCAGCAGGACGUCCAAGUCGCCCUGCUCUGGAACCAGCUGAAUGCUGUCUGCUCCCAGUUGGCACAGACCAAUCAACAGCUGUGUCUGCAGCAGAACCUGAUCCUCGGUCUGCAGCAGCAGCGGCACGAGGACCAGAAGCUGAUCUCCAAUCUUGUUGGCAAGCUCUUGGAGCCUGAGUGCUGCCGAGCGAAGAUGCCGGCAGAACCAUGCGCUGCCGAGGAGCCCCGGAGCCAGACAGAUAGCUCGGACACAAAAUUCACCGACACCGGGAGCCUUGGCAGCGACAGCGAAGAAAGCCCCGAUGCUGACUGGAUUCUCGUCGUCCCUGACGCGUUCGAGGAGACUGUGGCAGCGGAGGGCACCGGCUCUCCCACGUUGGAUGCGAUGGCACCUUCAACUCCUGCUGCGCUGUGGUUAGGCCCAGAACUGCCGAUCAGCUGUCGCGAUGUGCCUGAGAGCUGCCCUGUCGCUGCAGAGUGCCAGGAAGCUCCGUCGGAGGAGCCGCCCAAGGAAAGUCUGAGCACCGAAGCUCUUGACGAUCACCCAUGCGAUGAGUCUCCCGCGUCUGCAUCGGAUUUCCAAGACGAAGGAGGACAGCGGCUGCGUGGUGGGCAGGCCUUGGCCAAGCACAAGGAUGCCGAUCAGACCCUUUGCAUCGAGGGCUCGCCGACGGCACUCACAGACAUCGAGGUCGGCGGUGGGGAAUGCACCCCCUCCGACCUCCAUGUGGCAAACCUGCUGCCGUACCUGGGUGUGCAGGAUUUGCUGAGCUGGCGGCUGGUUUCGAGACGCACUAGAAGCCCGGAGGCCUUGACAGCGCACGUGGCCGAAAUGGGCAGCAUGGAAGGGCCAGAUGCAAUUCUGAUUUUCGCCGAACAACUAGACCAAUUCUUUGUCGACCCGGAUGUGCCCUUCGAGACAGCCUUUGGAAGCGAUGCCGAGCAGCACAAGCUGUGUGAGUGUCGGUUGUGGUGCAUGGCCCUGGCGUCCAAGUCACUAACCCACUUCAGCAGAAGCUAUGUUCGAUGCACGGUCGGCAAGAACCUGCAAAGUUUGCUGCGGCACUGCUGGAGUGCAGAUGCCUCCGUUGCUGCUGCUGCCCACCACAUUGUCCACAACCACGCUAGUGAUGCCCUCCCUUUCGUGCAGCAAACUAUUGCAGAGGGCAUGCUCACACUGAUGGAGAACUUGGUCACGUCCAGCAUACGCGACAACUUGCAAGAGAUCGAACCUUGCACCCGCACACUUGAGAAGGUAAUGCGCUCGCUGAGCAAGCCUCAGCGUCAGAAGUUGGUGUCCCUAAUGGUCAAGCUGCUGAUGUCACCUGAUGUCACCGACAGGCAAAGACUUGUCUGGCAGCUGAAGAUGCUAUGGUUGGCUGACGACGAUCCCAAGCGCACCUAUGCAGAAGCUGAACAGCAGCUGCUGACUGUCGCAAACAGCGACAUCGGUGCUUUCAAGAAUGUGUGUGCCAUCCUUUCGAAACUGGAUAAGCACGACAAGGCGCUGCAGCAUGCGCUGUGCGCCCUGGAGCUCAUCCAGACCCGGGUCGAUGCGCUUGGCGAUGCCGCCUCACAGGAUGAGUUUUCCGUCUUGGCCAUUGCCUACCAUAAUGUGGCGGUGGAGCAUGACUACCUCCGCCAGUUAUCGGAGGCUGCCCAAGCGUACCAGAAGGGCCACGCCGUGGCCAAGAAGUGCCUUGGGGAGCAGCACCCGCUAACGCAGACGCUGGCAAAAAAUGCCGAUGUC